CUUUUCCCUCCCCUGGCUAGGCUGGAGCUGUACAGAAAAGUGCCAAACCUGCGGAUCCUGGCCUGUGGCGGGGAUGGAACGGUUGGCUGGAUCCUCUCUAUCCUAGAUGAGCUGCAACUCACUCCCCAGCCUCCUGUGGCUGUCCUUCCACUUGGCACUGGGAAUGACCUUGCCCGCACCCUCAACUGGGGUGGGGGUUACACAGAUGAGCCUGUGUCCAAGAUCUUGUGUCAUGUAGAAGAUGGAACCAUUGUCCAGCUGGACCGAUGGAAUCUCCAGGUUGAGCGCAACCCAGAUUUGCCACAGGAUGAACUGGAAGAUGGGUCACGUAAGCUUCCACUCAAUGUCUUCAAUAAUUACUUCAGCCUUGGGUUUGAUGCACAUGUUACACUGGAGUUCCACGAAUCUAGAGAAGCAAAUCCAGAGAAAUUCAACAGCCGAUUUAGAAAUAAAAUGUUUUAUGCAGGGGCAGCCUUUUCAGACUUCUUGCAAAGAAGCUCGAGAGACUUAUCCAAGCACGUUAAAGUUGUGUGUGAUGGUACAGACCUGACUCCAAAGAUCCAGGAGCUGAAGUUCCAGUGUAUAGUGUUUUUAAACAUUCCCAGGUAUUGUGCUGGCACAAUGCCCUGGGGAAACCCUGGAGAUCACAGAGACUUUGAACCUCAGCGCCAUGAUGAUGGCUACAUUGAAGUCAUUGGGUUUACCAUGGCCUCACUGGCUGCUCUCCAAGUGGGUGGUCAUGGAGAGAGGUUGCAUCAGUGCCGUGAGGUGACGCUUUUAACGUACAAGUCUAUCCCCAUGCAAGUGGAUGGUGAACCUUGUCGGUUGGCUCCCUCACUCAUUCGGAUCUCCCUAAGGAACCAAGCCAACAUGGUGCAGAAGAGCAAGAGGAGAACAUCCAUGCCUUUGUUGAAUGAUCCUCAUUCCAUCCCUGAUCGCCUGCGGAUCAGAGUGAACCGGAUUAAUUUGCAAGAAUAUGAGGGGCUACAUUAUGACAAGGAAAAACUCCGUGAAGCUUCCAUUCCCUUAGGAAUUAUAGUUGUACGAGGAGAUUGUGACUUGGAGACCUGUCGUAUGUAUAUUGACCGUCUACAAGAGGACCUGCAGUCAGCAACUUCUACUACACAGAGAGUUCAUUACCAGGACCAAGAAAGCUCUUUCCCAAGAGUACUUUCUGUUCAGAGGCUCUCUCCUAGAUGGUGCUUCCUAGAUGCAACUUCCGCUGAUCGUUUUUACCGCAUUGACAGAUCUCAGGAACAUUUGCACUUUGUGACGGAAAUUUCGCAGGACGAGAUUUUUAUUCUGGAUCCAGAGCUGGUAAUGUCACAGCAGGGGGGGACGCCACCUGGAAUGCCUGAUCUGGUAGUGGAGCAGGCCUCUGGAAUAUCAGAUCGGUGGAAUCCUGCUGUUAGAAAGAGGAUGCUGAGCGACAGUGGCCUUGGCAAGAUUUCCCCGCACUACGAGGUACCUGACAAACAAAAGGACGCCAGCCAGGCCUAUAUGCUGCAGUCACCAGUUUCUUCAGAAGAUCAAGGUAAGAUCUACUUUAUACAUACAAACAGCAUAUAAAAAUUAG